CGUUAUUCUCAUUUGAUUGAGAGAGAGAGAGAGAGAGAGAGAGAGAGAGUCUUCUUGUAAAACACUAGGCAUGGCGUCGAAUUUCCUUAUGAGAUCUCUCUCGCCUCAUACAAGAAAUCCCAUCUCUUCUCCUAACACUCUCCACCACCACCACAAAUCUUCCCAUCUCUUUUCCUGCCAACGACGAUCCUCUGGAUUUACGAUUCUUUCGGUUAGCAAGGGCAAAGGAGAGGUUCUUUCAGAUGAAGAAAGAAGUAGAAUCCUCAGCGGUCUAGGAACGGCCGACAGUGCUCUCGACGAGAAGAAUCCGAUUCUGGAAGAGGAUAACGGAAGCUUGCUCGACGACAGCAGCAGUAGCAAAAGGAAUGAUGGAUGGAAAUGGGCGCCGUGGCAGCGUCUGCCGCAGCGGUAUAAGGUCGUUGUCACCACUUCCCUUGCCUUCGUCAUCUGCAACAUGGAUAAGGUAAACUUGAGUAUUGCCAUCAUUCCCAUGUCACACCAGUUUGGGUGGAAUGCAUCGAUGGCUGGAUUGGUUCAAUCUUCUUUCUUUUGGGGGUAUGCCUUAAGUCAAUUGCCUGGUGGAUGGCUUGCAAAGAGUUUUGGCGGAAGGAGAGUUCUAGAGAUUGGAGUCUUGACUUGGUCUUUGGCCACGAUACUUGUUCCUUCUGUAGCAGGAUACAUGCCUGGACUUGUUUUUUCAAGGAUUCUGGUUGGAAUAGGAGAAGGUGUUUCCCCUUCAGCUGCAACCGACCUUAUUGCCAGGUUGAUACCAUUGCAAGAACGCUCUAGGGCAGUUGCAUUCGUUUUUGGUGGUCUGAGCAUUGGAAGUGUCCUGGGGCUUAUCUUGGCUCCUCCUCUUAUCCAAAAUUUUGGUUGGGAGUCUGUCUUCUACAUCUUUGGGUUUCUUGGGGUACUUUGGUGCUUGGGGUUUCAGCUCGUUAAAGAAGGGCAAUCUCCUAUUGUGGGUGAAUACAUAUCUGGAAGGUCUCAUGGGAUCACUACUGGGUCUUUCUUGACAUCUAUUUCGACAAGAGAAAAAUGGAGUACAUCCUUGAGAGAAGUGGGCGCAUCUCUAAAGGAUGUACCUUGGAAGGCAUUUUUCAGAAGUCCUGCUGUAUGGGCAAUGAUUUAUGCUCACUUUUGUGGGAGUUGGGGUCAUUAUACUUGUCUGUCUUGGCUCCCUACCUAUUUUAGUGAGGAGCUGGACCUAAACUUGACCGAAGCUGCAUGGGUAUCUGUCCUUCCUCCUAUGGCUUCAAUUCUUGUGACUAGCAUUGCGGCACCAUUUGCAGACAACCUGAUUUCAAGUGGAGUCGAAACCACAACGGUGCGAAAAAUUUGCCAGGCCAUUGCAUUUAUUUCUCCUGCAGCCUGCAUGAUUCUUUCGUCUGUGGAUCUGGGACUGCCACCUUGGGAAGUCGUAGCGAUUCUCACCAGUGGUUUAGGUCUCUCAAGCUUUGCAUUGUCAGGACUUUAUUGUACACAUCAAGACAUUUCUCCUGAAUAUGCAAGUAUACUUUUGGGAAUUACAAACACAAUCGGAGCCGUACCCGGAAUUGUUGGUGUUGCUCUUACAGGAUACCUUCUAGAUUCAACCCAUUCAUGGAGUAUUUCAUUGUUUGCCCCGUCGAUCUUCUUCUACUUGACUGGUACAGUUGUGUGGUUAUCAUUUGCAAGCAGUAAACCUCAGAGCUUUUCCAAGGGUGAUUGAUCCGUACGAUCUUCUCGAUUUCAAGCAACAGAAGGUUGUAGAGAUUGAUAUGAAACACGAAUCCUCUUGUAUAGCUUCUUUGUAGAGAAACUAUAUAUGUAUAUAUCUAUGUAAUUGAUUCGAUUAUCUCAUUAGAUGCUUUAUUAUUUUGCAGAAACUUGUACGAGGAUAAUGCAUUUUGUUUAUGUAGUCUAAUUCAACA